GCAGCAGCAGCAGCGACAGUGAAUGCGUUGCGCGCGUCGUAGUAAUAACUUGUUUCCUGGGCAGAACGCAACAACGGGCAACGCGUGUUCCAGUUUCAAACGUACCCCAAAUACGACGGACAAACAAAAACAAGAACUUUGUAUAUCGAGAACUGAAACGAAACGAUUAGAAAAAUAGAGAAACAAAACGAAAUCUAAUCGCGGGGUGCGCAGUAAUCGCGGUGUGGUAUUUUUGAUAAUAAGUGCGUACUCGGCUGCUGCUGCUAAUCGUAAUCCGUUAUCCGUUAAUCGCCAGCAGUGGGCCAAAAGGAGAAGACGAGACUAAUAUGUAGUUAGUACUUGCUAUCCGUGUGUGGGCUUUUCAUAGUGAUUGUAUGUGGUGCGUGAUCAAUUAAUCGAGUGGAAAGCCAGCAACAACAACAAUUGUUGUUGUAACGAGUCAAACGGAAAACCAGCUUGUCUCGCUCAUUAAAACAAUAACAAGAAAAACAACAACAACCAUAAAGAGAGUAGCAACAACAGCGAUCAGCAGGCAGGCAAGCAACAAACGAAAUAGCGUCGAAAACAAAGAAGCCAAGUGUGGGGGAAACAAAGAACGCGAGCACAAGGCAGCAGCAACAAAACGGAAAGCAAAGACUGGAGCUACAACAACAACAAAUACAACAAGCAGAGCAAUCACAGCAGCAACAAGUACAAGCACGAGCACGAGCAACAAGCGAGCAUAACAACAAAAACCAGAACGCACAAGUUUCUAUCAACUACUGGAAGCGACAACAACUCCUUUGUGACGCAGUGGAAUAAAUAGCAAAUUAAAUAGUUAUAGACGUCGCAAACCUAAAUUAUCAUACACAACAAGCUCACAUUUUCGUGACUUUUUUUGUGCGCAUUCAGCGUAAACGGCGACAAAUUAUUAAUUAAGACGCCAAAUGUUUGCUUGUCGUCUCCACAAACUGCAAGCCAGAGCGAGAGCGAGAUCAUCAAAUUUACAAAAAAAGAAAACAAAAACAAAUCACAUCAACAAACAGCAAGUGCAAGCGAGAGGCAACUAAAAAACGAAGAGAGCGUGAUUUGUAUUUUGAGAGAGCUGUGUUAACAGACUGCACUAGUGUUUCAUUUCCAUUACGUUGCGCACAACGUAAACAGCUGUGAGCUGCUUAGCCGAGACGUCGACGUUGCUGUUGCUGCGCGCCGUUUUUGCUUGAUAAGCUUUUUAUGCUGCUUUUUGUUUUGUUGUUUUGUCGCUUGUUCAAGUGCAUGCCAUCAUCAACUCGAUCUUCGAUUAGGUCUGCCUGCCUCUCUUACACAUAGUCGCGCUCUUUUGAAUGCUGGCGCAUGCUUGCCAACAUCUUCCGCCAGCCGCAGGCCGUGUCAUUGUGUUAUCAGUCAAUGCCAUUCUGAAAUUUGCUGCAGCGACAACUAAAAACUUUAUAGCAGCCAGACGACUGUCAACAACAACAACUAAAACAGUACUGCAGGCGGCAGAAGCUACUCGACACCCACACAAGCGAUCCAUCUUUUUGCAAAUUUCAAUACUCAUUCACACAUAAAAGCGAGAUAAUGUCGCAUGCCACAAGCCAUGAUGUGGCACAACAGCUGCCGCAUCACGAGGAUCUCACAGCACAAAAUAACAAAUCAAAGUCCAACACACUGAACUCGCAACAUCACAAUGGCCUCGCUUACAGCAGCAACGUCAACAGCAGCAGCCCAGAGAAACUCACGGUGCUGGACAUGAUACUCGAUGCCCUGGGAAUGCGUAAUCUAACGUCCAAGGAUAUUGGGACACUGAUAAUGUUGGGCUUCAUGUUCUUGCUGUUUGUGAUAAGCGUAACCGGGUUCUUUGUAAUGUGGUUCACCGAAUACUACAACAACACCAUGCUCCAGAAAAUAAUACUCGCUGAGAAUUCAGAGCGCGCCAAGAGCUGGGUGAAUCCCGGACCCGAUACAGACACUGUGCUCAAGGCGCACAUAUUCAACUACACGAACAUCGAGGAUUAUCUGGCAGGGCGGGCGGAUAAGAUACAUGUGGAGGAUCUGGGUCCACUCACUUAUCAGGAACACACGGUCAAGGAUCAAGUAUCGUUCAACAAAAAUCACACUGUCACCUUUAGGGAUCGCAAAUCCUACAAACUUCUGCCGGAAAAAUCGUCGCUGCGAGAAGACGAUAUCGUGUUGGUGCCGAAUGUGCCGCUGCUUUCCGCUGCGGUGCAUGUGAAACGUUUUCCUGCGUUUAAGCGCCUGGGUGUCAACAGCAUCAUUUCGCUUUACAGAGAGCCGGUCUUCAAACGUCUGACUGCCUUCGAGUAUCUCUGGGGCUACAAGGAUAAGAUCAUAAGUCUCGAGUCGCUUGGCGGCGGCAAUAAAACGCACUUCGGGUUGCUUAGAACUCGAAAUGGCACCAGCGUGGACUCGGUGCAGUUGAAUACUGGCGAGGAUGAUAUCAACAAAUUCAGCCUCAUUACACAGUUCAAUGGCAAACCGCAGCUGGACUUUUGGGAGGGCGACGAAUGCAAUCGCAUCGAUGGCAGCGAACCAUCAAUGUUCUCGCCAACUCUGCUGCAGGAACGCAGCACAGUGCACGUGUUUUUGCAGGUGCUGUGCCGCAAGGUGCCGCUGCACUUUGAGAAAGAGGAAACCAUCUUCAACAACAUCGAUGUGCUGCGCUACCGGACACCGCUUGAUGUCUUCGCUCAUCCCUCGGAGAAUCCAGCGAAUGAAUGCUAUUGCCGCAACACGGAUCUUUGUCUGCCCAGCGGGGUCAUCAAUGCCACCAAGUGCUACGAUGAUUCACCCAUCUUUCCAUCGUUUCCACACUUUUUCUCCGGUGAUCCCGUGAUCUAUAAGGACUUUGAGGGCAUAAAACCCGAUGCAGAUCUGCAUCAAACUUAUGCCGAUAUACAUCCACGCUUUGGGUUCCCCAUCAGCGGUGCAUCACGCGUCCAAAUCAACAUUAUGCUGGACAAGACGCCGCUAUUGCUCAAUCAAGCGAAUCGCAUUCAGAAUGCCACCAUCUUGCCUUUGAUUUGGAUCGAGAUAACCGCUGGUGACUUCGAUGACGACGUGCUGCACACGCUUUACAUCAGCACAUUUGGCUUAGAUGCCAUACAACUAGCACUCAAGUAUGGCACUCUGCUGGUCUCGGUCACCACAUUCAGUUUGAUAGUGGCCAGCGUUUACUAUUUGAAUAGUAAACGUGAGGAGCAGCAGUUGCAGCAUAGCAAAUCAUCAGCUGAGCUGGAGGCGCUCAAUGGAGGACUCGAAGCCAAUGGCAGCGUUGUUGUGGUGCAAGUCCAUGUGCCACACACUGUUGGUGGCCAUCCGCAUCGAGUCGAGUAGUAGUGCCAUCAAACAUAAGACAUACAGGGGGGUGUUACCACGGGGGGUUGGGCAGCAUGCAAUAGACAUAAAUGCC